AGUACACAUUAUUCUCAAAAAGAUAUUCUUCACCAGCUGUGACUCAGUAUCACCAAAUUACUUCAAACUGUGAGGCAGAAGGGACUGUAAACAACUGAAAUUGAGGUAACAGACAGAGGACCUCGACCACAGAACAUACAAUAAUGGAAACAACAUCCUCCCUGUUCAGGUCAGUGUCUCGGCGGGUUUGGUCACCCCCUCAGCGUCCGUUCAGAGUGUGUUCCUGGAACAGAGAGGUCAAAAAAGGAAUCACUGCAGGAACCCUAGAGGAGCUCAAAGAGAAGGCAGCUCAGGCUCUCUUUAUAUCUACUGUGCUGACUUUGGUGUGUGAAGAAGAUGGGACAGAGGUUGAUUCUGAUGAGUUCCUCAUAACCCUGCCGGACAACACCAUUUUAAUGGCCCUGAAACCUGAAGAGAUCUGGAAACCUCAUCCUUUACUUCAAAGGGGUGGUAACAAACCAGGUCAUGGUAAGCCAAGGACAGGAAAAGACAUUGCUCAGAUCACCUUUGAUCUUUACCGUACGCACCCCAAAGACGUAUUCGGCUCACUGAAUGUGAAAGCCACAUUUAAAGGGCUUUACUCGGUCAGUGCAGAUUUUCAAUGCUUGGGACCAAAAAAAGUCCUGAGGGAGGCCCUCAAAUUCAUGUCCACUCUCCUCCAUGCUGCUGGACACUUGCUGAUCUCAUCUGCUUCUGUAAUUCGCCGUAUUAUCCAAGGGGCAGAUCUUCUUCAAGGCCAACAUGCCCAACCUGUCGAGUAUUGGGAAUAACUGGAGAAAAGACAUGAAUCUGAUAUCUCUAAGAAUGUAACUGAGAGAUGUUUUUUUGAGACUUUGAGAUUUAUAUGGUUCAAUGUAACAAUUUAACAUUAAUGCAUUAGGUAACAUGAAUGAACAACAAUUUUACAAAAUUGAUUAAUCUAGAUACAUUUUAAUUUCUACACUAUGGUUCAAAAGUCAGUCAGUGAGAUUUCUAAAAUGUUUUUGAUAGAAGUCUCUUAUGUUCACCAAGGCUGCAUUUAUUUGAUCAAAAUACACCAACAUAUUAUUAUAGAAGUUAGUAAUUGUUAAAUAAUUGUUUUCUAUUUUAAUAUAUUUUCAAAGGUAAUUCAUUCCUGUGAUAAGCAAAGCUGAAUUUUCAGCAUCAUUACUCUAGUCUUCAGUGUCACAUGAUCCUUCAGAAAUCAUUCUAAUAUGCUGAAUUGGUGUGCAAGUAACCAAAUCAGCAUAUUAUUAACAAUGUUGAAAAAAGUUGUACUGGUUAAUUUUUGUGGAAAUCAUGAUUCAUUUUUUUCAGGAUUCUUUGAUAAAUAGAAAUUUCAAAGGAACAGCAUUUAUUUGAAAUAGAAAUGUUAAAUAGUAAAAUAUGCUAAUACAUUAGUACUAUAGUAUAUUUAUAGUACAGAAUUUUUAUAAAUUAAUGUUCACCUAGAUUAAUAAAUGCUGUACAAAUUGUUUUUCAUGGUUAGUUGAUACCUAAUGCAUUAACUAAUGUUAAUGAACUUUACUGUAAAUUGUAAAGUUACCAUUUACACUUUGUGGGUUUCAUGGACAAUUCAUGGAAAAAGUUGUUCUAGUUGCUCCUUAGGUUUCUAUGAAAACUGCCUUUUUAGGAGUAAUUUUUUUAUUUUUAGUCUAGGACUACUCAGUGUUACUUAUUCUGUGUGUUUGACCCUCUUUAUAAAUGUUCAUUUUACUUUUAUCAUUCAUUAUGUUUAUGUGAUAGACCACUGUAUGAUAAUUUUAUCUUCCUCAUUUGAUAGCUGAUACUUCUAUCCAAAGCUACUAAAUGAAUAAAUGUAAAAAUGUAAAUGUAAAUACAAAAUUGUUGUAUUAGUGAAUGUUUAGAAAAUAAACAUGUUUUUAAGAUCAA